AUGACUGAUUUUAUGCAUUUAGUGAGACCAAAUGUUGCAGCACCAGCAGCAGGUUCUUCAACUGGUCCAUCCAAAGUUAGAAUCCAUGCAUCUGCCUUAUUACAAAUGUUAGAAAUUGUAUCUAAACAAGUCUUGUCCAAUAACAAAAGAAUUAUUGGUAGUUUAUUAGGGAUUAGAUCCGAUGAUGGCAAUGAAUUUGAGAUUAGAGAUUGUUUUAUGGUUCCAUGUAAUGAAACUGGAGAUUCUAUUGUUAUUGAAGAUCAAAUUCAUAAAACUUUAUUUCAAUUAUAUAAACGAUCCCAUCCAAAAGAAACUGUUUUAGGAUGGUUUGGUAGUAAUAAUGAAAUUGAUUAUACUACUAGUUUAAUUCAUGAUUUUUAUUCCAAAGGAAGUGAUCGUGCUUUCCCAUUUCCUGCUAUUCAUUUAAAUGUUAAGUUUUUAACUGAAACUAGUGAAGUUAAAGUACCUGAAAUUGAAACUUAUAUUGGUGGGGCUGUUGGUAAACCAAGUAGUACUGGUCAACCAAUUGGAUGGAAGACUGCUAAUGUUAUUAAUUCAUAUAUUUUCACUCCUAUUCCUAAUGAAGUGAUAAAUGGAUCAAUUACUGAAAAGAUUGCCUUUAAGAAUUUACAACAACAACAAGGGUUGAAUAAUGAUUUAUCAUAUUUAACUCAACAAUUGAAUCAAGUGAAUGAUAAUAUUAGUCAAUUGUUGGCAUAUAUUGAAUCAAAUCCUCAAGAUAUUGAUUUAUUGAGAUUAUUAAGUAAUACAGUAUUAAAUAAACCAAAAUUAUUAAAUAAUGUUGAAGAAUUAAAAGAAUUAUUCUGUAAUCAUGAUCAAGAUGUUAUUAUGAUUGAAUUUUUAACUAAAGCACUUAAAGAUCAAAUUGAGUUAAGUGCAAGAUUAACUGCUAGUGCUGAAAGUGACAAGAAGUAUUAA